AUUUGGGCUAUGACAUCCUCACCUCUGGAGCGGUAGCCAUUAAUAGACCUCAAUUAAUUGUUAAAGGGUCUGAACACGAAUUCCGCACCUCAAUUUUAUAUGACACUACCACCAGAAAUAUUAUUGCCAGAGACUACAAGGCUGAUGAAGCGAAUAAGAAUCCGAAAGGGCUCCAGGAAGGCGUUAUUUAUAUACACAACACCCUAAGCGAGCUCGCUGACAUUUAUUUAAAACCCAAUCAACAACCUUUCUAUAAUAUGGCACUGUACGUGCUCUUAUGCAAGGAAGCUAUAGACCUGUUACAAAUAAUACGGUAUUAUUAUGAACUAGGAUUGAAUAGUGUAGAUAUGGAUUUUUGCUAUUCUUUGAAUUUUCCAACCAGUUGGGAUUAUGAAAUAAGAGAAGAAUUGUUCCUGCCUCUAUUCGUAAAAGCUGGUCUUCUCCAUGAAAAUGAUAGUCCGGGCAGGCUGGUGUUUUUUUCAAUGUUAGAGUUAAAUUUUCAGAACAUACAGGCAGGUAGAUACAACUAUGCUGAUAGAAACUUAAAGUAUGGUGAUCAGCGCGUUAUGUGUACAAUUGAUUAUCAAGGUACAUACUCCGUGGAUUUGAAAUUGGUAUCAGCUCAAUAUCCUGCCUUCAGAUUAGCACAAAGAAAAUUGGUGCCACAAUUGUUGAAACAAACUCACUUUGUAAUCCCGUUUGGACCAAAGGAACUACGAUUAUCAUUAAUAGCAUGUGUGGAAAAGCAUUGUGAUACUACGUUAUCAUCAGAAUCUAUCGACAACAUGCUUGAUAAACUCAGUCGAAAGAAGAUAUAGGUGAUGUUUUACAUGAUCAGCCAUUGCCAGACUUGAAAUCUCGCUGGGCGAAUAGAUUAAUUACUUUAGAGGACAUACUUGAACAUUUCUCUGGUUCUGCCGAAAAAUUCUUAAGAAGUGAAGUAGAUAAAUUUCUUGUAGGCACGAGCAAUACAGUACCUAG